AUGGCGGCGCCUAAAGAGAUCUCGUCCAAUAAGAUGUUCGGCGGCGUGAACAAGCGCUACGAGCACGAGAGCGCGACUCUCGGGUGCACCAUGAAAUUCUCCAUCUACUUCCCGCCCGCCGCUACCUCCUCGCGCGUCCCGGUGAUCUACUGGCUCUCGGGUCUCACCUGCACCGACGAGAACUUCAUUCAAAAGUCGUUCGCGCAGAAAUACGCCUCAGAGCACGGGGUCGCCCUCAUUGUCCCCGACACCUCGCCCCGUGAGCACCCCCACCCACCCCCCCCUCACCUUAACCCCUCUCUCUGCACGCGCCGGCCUGGCAAUGCGCGCAAGCCUGCCUCAGAGCACGGGGUCGCGCUCAUUGUGCCUGACACCUCGCCCCAGCACGGGGUCGCCCUCAUUGUCCCCGACACCUCGCCCCGUAAGCUUCCCCACCCACCCCCCCCUCACCUUAACCCAUCUCUCUGCACGCGCCCCCCUGGCAAUGCGCUCAAGCCUGCCUCAGAGCACGGGGUCGCCCUCAUUGUCCCCGACACCUCGCCCCCUGCCGUGCAAGCUCCCUCUCCUUCUCACAGCACCUUCCCUGCGCGCCCAAGCCGGCCUCAGAGCACGGGGUCGCGCUCAUUGUCCCCGACACCUCGCCCCUCCGUGUCCGCAUUCGCCCCCAUCUGCAACCCCACGGAGUGCCCCUGGGGGCAGAAGGCCUUCACGGGGUAUUUGGGGGACGAUAAGGCAGCCUGGGAGGAGUAUGACGCCACAGCGCUCGGGAAGCAGUUCCCAGGGCUUCCAGCUCUCGCCCCCCUCCCUCACCCCUCUCCACUCCCUUCAUCCGCCCCCCUUCCCCUGCACGCCUGCCCCGCCCUCUCAGGAGAGUAUGACGCCACAGCGCUCGUGAAGCAGUACCCAGGGCCAAAGGUUGACAUUCUCAUCGACCAGGGCGACAGCGACAAGUUCGACCACGAGAAGCAGCUGCUGCCGGAGGUGGUGUGGUCUGGCGACAGCGACAAGUUCUACCACGAGAAGCAGCUGCUGCCAGAGAAUUUCCAAAAGGCGUGCACGGAGGCAGGCGUGCCGCUGACGCUGCGCUUCCAGGGAGGCUACGACCACUCCUACUUCUUCAUUGCUUCGUUUAUUGGUGACCAUAUUAAGCACCACGCCAAGGCUCUGAAGGCGUGA